UCGAGGGCUAAAUUUCUGCGCUUGAGUCCAGCGAAUUUCUGCUUUAUUUUUCUAUUGUACUACGCAAUGCGACUCGAAAAUUAACUAUAGAUAUAGAGUAAAAACACACAGUGAUGCACGCAGUUCUCUCAUCUAUCUUUAGCCGAAGAUAGCCUAGAUUAACGGAAUACGAGCAAUCGACUUUAUUAAUUGAGGCCUAUUUUUCUGCCUUCUUCGACGCUAUCUUUUAGUUUUCAACGAAAUUUUUCGUUGCUAGUAUCCGACAAAGGCGAGCGAAGUGAAAGUGUCAUUGAAUCAAAAAGAAAAACGACGUGAAUCUGGAGAUACUUCAACUGUUGUAGGCAGGGCACAGUUUUACAUGUAUACUAUAUGCUCCUAGCAGCGAUAGAACAGUACAACUUCAAACAGAGCUCUGCCUAAAUAUAGCAUCUUUAAUAAUGCACGAUAUACUCUUGCAUUAUUGACAGGUGACUCGUACCAGCCACUUCGAGGAAUCUGCACAUGUUUAUUAUCAUAGUAUAUACCACGAAUAUUUUGAUGAAAUGAUUUAUUAUGAUCAAUGGUGACGUCGAUAAUGAUUGACCACGGUAUUACUAUUAGAGGCUAUUUUCGUGCAUGGAUAUUAUGGACAUACCGUUCGAUCAAUUUCACCAUGCAGACUCUGCAGACAAUAGAUAUUUUCAACAGUACACGCUUGCACGUGUAUGACGACAACAUUGCUAGUGCACCACUUCUGUUUUAGUUGGUCACCAAAGCCGGAAGGACAACGGUACGUAGCUCAGCAGCCGACUGUCACUGACUGGCUUAAGACCUGAUUGGAAGCUGAACCUGUAACGUUUGACAGUAAAGACGACCCGUUCGUGCGAACGUUUUUCGGCAAACAUCGUUCAUCGAAGCCAGCCAUUUCAGCUAGACGGGCAGAGGUUUUUCGUCGUCGGCGCAGCUAGGCGAAGCGUUCCGUGUUUUGGUCGCAAUGUCCGUCAUCCCAUCAGUCCCAAUCUGUCAGUAUUACGGUAGCGCAUAGCCUUAUGCGAGAUGCACCGUCACGCGCUGUUCCGGUUCGACUAUGGCAGUUUUACUAGCGACAGCAACAAUAGCUAGCAACAUCAUACUGUGACGACAACGUGUUGAUAUAGGCGGCACUGACAGCAGAAGUCCUAUCAUUGGUAGUCGUUACUAGCUUAGGGCGUCAUCCAUAGGCCUAGUCGCCUACACGCCCCUCCGAUCUGUGCGUAUCUAAUCUAUACCGAUGAUUUGCUCUGAGGCGUGGUUGCCUCGUUAUACUGCAUUUUCAGCUAACGCAGUCGAAAUUCUCGUACCACGAUUGCUUUUGCUGUGCCUACCACCAUAGGCCAUGCAGCACUUACGUUUACUCGUAACUUCAGGCCUUCCGCUGUUCCCAGGAGCUGCAUUCCUUUACAGCUUCGCCCGCACACACGCGAAAAACAGACAUACACACAAAGAUAUUUGCGCAGAUGCAAAGAUCGACCCAUACAUGCAUAACAGGUAAAGCUUCCCGUCACACGCGGGCUGCUGGCCGACCGGCCUACUGGCGUGGCUUGCCUAGGUAUCUAGUUUGAUAGGCACUACGGCGCGUAACAGUAGCAGGGUGCGGUUUGCUGGUAGUUACUAGGCUUGAUAGGUUCCGUGCGUCAGUUAAUAAGUCCACCCGUUUGUGGUGCUGCUAGUAUGGUAACUUGCUGGACGCCUGUGGUAAGCAAGAGGCGGGGCAAGCUGUUCCGCGGCGUAGAGGCCGAGUUAGUCAGCCACACAAAUACUCUAUGAAGGUAAGGUAGAUAGACCUGCCUCCGCCUUUACGGUGAAAAUUCCGAUUGUCUUUUUGGUUGAGGGAACUGGUACAUCCACUUCUGCUGUCAUCGUGACUGUUGCCCAUCGUGAUGACGAUGGUAGUGCUAAUGGUAGUAGUGUUCGUAGUAAAAACAAGUUGUCGCUAUUCUGAGCUCGGCACGUCGAUGCCGUGGACACGCGGGGCUGCACCAUAAAUAUUGACAGGCUAGUUUCGACCUAGUGCGUGGCAAGGACUUAACGUUACAGUGCUUCUGUUGAUGGCGGCGGGAACAGUUGUUUUUAGUCUGGAAUUGCACAAAGUUUAUUGAAAAUAGUGUAUUCUGAAAAAAAGUCUACGUGUGGAUUGGCGUGCCGGUGUGCAGAAUGGAGUGAAUAGAAUACGACGGAUUAUAAAACUGACACAGGAAUAAUCCCAUUACUCGAUCUAGAUAAAUAAUAUAGGUACAGGGACGGCAUGCAAUUGAUAUAAAAAAAAAAGAAGGCUUCAAGGGAAAAAGAAGCACCAGGAAGCUGAUAGCAAUGACAAUAGAGCAAGCCACCUAUAUCGCCAUGACAAACAAUACUGUAAAUGUAUCUACGCGAUAGGCAAGAGCCUACCCUGCAAAGGUUCGUCACAAAAGGGAUCAUAAUUAGCCGGUUGAAGUAUUCGUAGAUUUCCUUGCCAUGAUUUUUACAACCAUUUGAAUCAGACCAACCACCAAACUAAGCACUAUUCACAGUUUCCUCUACGCAUACAACUUCUGUCUUUUAAGAAGGUUUAUUCUUCACAUGGUUUCGUAAUCGUCGCAAGUCGAAGUAAGAUAUGUGACUCUCGACUAAAUUUGCCUUUGGAAGUGCUCAGAUAAUCAAACUUUGUGUUCGGGAAUUCCAACCGGCGUCUGCACAAACCCCUUCAUUGCACUCGUUGCUAUGUCGGGUAUAUUUCCUCUCGGCUCCAAUGCGGUCGUUCCAGCUCCGUGUGCCAGAACAUUUUGCUCAGAAUGUUCGUCUCUGGGGAUGCCUAGCCCCGUAAGCUGUUCCGGAGGUUCCCUUGGACCGACCCCCACUUUCGGCUUGCUCGGUCUUCCAAGCUCCGUGAUACCCCCAGGUCUUGCCUUCGCUCAUGUCGUUCCGUGGAAACAGGCCUAUGGUAUGGAGCAGGUUUGGUUGGGUGAAUUCGGACAACUGUUUUCGUCGUACUUACCUCAUCGCUGGAGUCUAGUGCCCGUGUCGGGCACUCCACUCGGAUCUUGGAAUCAAUUCGUCGACUCCGCUAAGGUACGUUUUUGUUGCGAAGAGUGCGGUCACGGCUGGACAUCGAUGAAAGGUCGGGUGGCUUUCUGGUUUGCCCAGGCCGCUGGGACAGCCGGCGCAGGCGUUGUCGCCUUUCGUCUAUACGGCCAGCAGUGUGAGCGGUGCAAAAGUGGCCGCUUUCAAGACGCUAUGUGGUAUCCUGAAGAAGUAGUCAAGGUGUUAAUGAACCUCUACAACCGUGUAGGUCAAACCUAUUACGGAUUCUUCGAACCGCCUAUCCAAAAGGCGCGACGCACUGGAAAACCUCGAACACCUCAUAAUGUACAACUAUGCCAGGCGUGCCACGAUGGGGUGUGCACUAACGAACACAAAACGUCCCCACAAGCGAAACUGUUGUCCUGAUUCUGAAAGCAGUACUCAGCCGAGCAGAGUUCUCUACUUCGGAGACUUUGGCGUUAUAUUUUCAGCAACGUCAUGGCUUACUAUAAUGUCAUUUGGUGCUGCACCUAUCUAGAUUGUGUGACUAUAUCAAAUACCGAUACGAUAUAGGCUUUAUACAAAUGAAAAUAGAUACUAUUUAUAAUAAUAGAAAGUAAUAAUAAUAAUAAUAAUGCUAAAUAAGCGAUUCAGCAAGUUGCACGUUCACAAUGAUGACGUUGUUUCGCAUAAUUUUACCAAAUUCACUUGUCAAAUAAUCGCAUUUCUUUUUAACUUAAACCUUGUAAGCGUCCCUCGACGAGAACAACCCGACGUUAAGGAAUGAGCGGACAACUUUUAAGAGGCAUCGAUUGGUUCUUAGCGGAACUUGUUUGGUGACGCUACAGGCUUUCAUUUCAAACAUUGUUUUUGCCUAUAAGCAAAUUUGAAGACUCUCAGGUCUGCAAUUUCCGUUCUCUUUUUGCUGGCAAAUCUGAGGAGAUGAUUACAUAAGGUACGAGACAAGCGUUUUUAUAAAAACAAAAACGUUAUCAAUGGCCUAUUUAGCGCCAUAAUCUCUGAAAAAUCACUUUUGUAAAAUCCUGUAUUACUGUCCGGCCGCCAUUUUUCAAGACCACACCCAAUUGAGAGCGUAGCCACUUACAGGAGAUAAUCGCUAUGUUUUAUCGCUAUUUACACCCAGACUUACAUAAAUCGAAACGAAUUAUCGUGCGGAAAGCUUCCCAGUAAGUGUUUUACGAGUGCGCGUGCUCCGCAAUCAAAUUUGCCCUUGAAACAUUAAUUACCUUCGUCUAAGUAUGGUUCAACUCGAUCAAACGAUAAUAUAAUCGAACUUGAAUGAUAGUAGAUGCUUGUCGUGCACAAUGUAACUUUUUUUCUAACUAGAGAAGGUAACGUGAAUUGAACUUGUUACGCACGAUUAAUAUCCAGCUAUGGAUGGAUAAUACGAGCUUUUACAGCCAUUAUCACUAUAAUUUAUCAUCAAUUCAGUAGUUCGUCAGGACUAGCUUAUUCAAGAUCUACGAACAUGUAGCGCCAAACUAAAUUCAGGCAGUGGUUUUAGUAAUAAAUAAAUAAUGUAAAACCAAGUGGGAUUAUUUAUACAUUUGGCCUACCUAAGAUCGUCUACUGUUUAUAGUGCUUAAACGAGCGUAAAUCAAAUUAGCGCUUUCAGAGAAAACCCAGUCGUGAAAGGAUUUACUGGGCCGUUAGAAUCAUUGAAUUGCUAGUUGUACCUACUCUCAUCUCCGAAUCAUUAUACUUCGCUCUGUUACAAGCCCUAUCAAACCAUCUCACACGUAAACAUGUUAAAAGGCUAAUUGUCACAUGAUUGACCGUUUCGCACAGCCCCGGACAGAAUCAUGCACAGGGCUGACUAGACCGAUUCAUCCUUGUAUGAUACAAGAUCCCAGGAAGGCCAGACGCUGUGUGAAUCAGUUUAAAUGGACGAAAUCUAGCCCAGGGUUGUUGUGACUGCCAACCCACGUAAAAGAGCACUGUUACCCAACCAGUGGUGACGCCAAUGUGAUUCGAUCUUCUUUGCGGGUUCAUCAUUAUCACAGACGCGUGCACAAUUUUGUGUGUUUGCCAUCUGGUUAUUCUAUUGUGUCGCCCCUUCUCCAUUCCCUCUCAAGCUCAGAAAACGGCAUUAACAUCACACAGUACAAAGUACUGAUUUGUAUUUACUUCGCAAGGACGUCCUAAAAUGACAUUAGCGGGACUGACAUAAAUAACGCGUGUGUAGCUUCUGUUUUUUUGCCGUUGCUUCUAUGGUCACGUUAGUGAGUGUAUAUGGGGACGAAUAAACGAGCAUUGUCAUUACAAGUACAUUUCACUAAUAACAACUAGGUAAGGAUACAUUGAAUGCCAUUUGCAUAGCGAUGCAGGCGGCUCAAGCGUAUCUCACCUCAUAUCAACUAGCGAAGCUUUGUAAUUUGCCAGAAACAUAUCGUCACUUCGUGCGCUAUAACACCAAAUGUAAAAAUGUAAAUACGUCGAACAGAUGCUCGGCGUCG